GCACUGCGAUGAUCGAAUGGUGGGCAAUUACAGGGAAUUCCAGCUGGCAGCAGAAGCAAUAAUAAAAGGUGGGCAACAAGUGGAAAUGCUUGUUAAUAGCUUCAGUUGCUUUUGAUUUGUAGGAUGGUUUGGUUUAAAUCACUCUGCUUGCUGCUGCUGCCGGCCCUACUGAUGAUUUCGGUCACGUCAACUGACGACGAGGAUCAUAUCCUAGACCAUGAUGUGGACCCGGAUCCGGGACGCAUGAAGUACAUAUGGAAUCCGUUUCUGGGAUUUUGCGGCGAAAAUGCCAGCAUUAUGAGGUGCGCUGGAGUCUGCCCCGAAACCUGUGCCUUCAAAUCGCUAAAGUGUCCCAAGUUUUGCGGUGUAAAUUGCGUAUGCAAACCUAACUACGUCUAUGACGAAAAGUUGCAACUUUGCAUCCUAAAAUCUGAUUGUCCCCAGGAUGUAAAGCAACAGGUCGUGGAAAGUCAUCGUGUUUUUCAGUAAAGGACAGGAAACAUUUCUGUAUUAUAAAAAGACAAUAAACUAAUGUUUGCAACUGAA